GGUAUGGUACGGGGAUUAGGAAAACCUCCAAAAUAAACUGGCAUCUGCUACCUACAUGUAUGCACCGUUUAUUAAUUUUCACUUCCGGGUGACAAUAAGUUUAAAAGAUUUUGACAAUGAAUAACACUUAGUCCAGUUAAUACAUUCAGCAUUGGGUUCUGCAGAUUGUAGCCAAGAUGUUGCAGCAGAUUAUAAAGGAUAUGUACAUAGAGCCAGAGCUGCUUUUAGAGCUCUCUGAUGAACAGAAACAAAUACUCUUCCUGAAAAUGAGGGAGGAACAGGUUAGAAGAUGGAAAGAAAAAGAAGAAGAAUAUGAAAGAGAGGAGAAAAAGAAACCAAAGAAACCUAGAAAACCUGGUAGCAAAAGAGUUGACUUUUUGAAAGGUGAGGAUGGUAAUGAAUGGGUAUGGGUGAUGGGUGAAUAUAAAGAUGAUAAAACUAUAGAACAGAUCUUGGAGGAAGAAGCUCAGCGUAAAGCCUUAGAACAAGCGGAAAGGGAAGCGGAGGAACUCAGGAAAAGGGAAGAGGAAGAAAUAAAGAGAAAAAUAGAAGAAGAAAAGAAACGGUUAGAAGAAGAAAGGGAAAAAGAAAGAAAACGUUUAGAGGAGGAGGCACUGUACCAGUCUAUCAAGGAAGCACGUCUGUUAGCGCAGAAAGCGGAGGAGGAGAGAAAGAAGAGAGAGGAAGAAGAACAAAGAAAGCUAAGAGAACUUCAGGAGGAAGCAGCAGUUGAAAGAAGAAAAUCAUAUACAAAGAUAAAUGAGAAACAGAAACGUCGUAGUAAUGAAAUAUAUAUUAAAUGGAAAGAGAUGCGACGGCAGUUAGACAAGGUAGCUGAAGAAGCCAGUCAAGAAGUCGAGAAAAACUGGAGAGAACAGGAAAAGAAAGCUAAAGAAGCGGAGCAGGAGAUGAAGUUGAUAGCACAGCGAGCUCGUGAAGAGAAUCGCCACUCCCUCGAUCGAGCAGCACAACUUAUCAUGAAUACAAAUCGGUUCACACAGGGACAAAAACCACCACUACCUCCAAAAUCAAGUGCAGUUAUGGAUAAGAAUAGACAGUUACGUGAACAGCGUAGAAAAUCCCGUCUGCCUCGGCCGCCUAAUCGUGAAGCUGUCAUAACUUGGUUCCAUGAAGAGGAGAAAGGCAGAAAGACUGUGAUAGAAGGUUCUAAUGGGAAACCAGCCAACUGGUUCCAUGGUGUAAUAUCAAGGUUUGAUGCUGAGAAGAUGUUACUGGAAAAACCACUUGGUACAUACUUAGUACGAGUUAGCGAGAAGGUCUGGGGAUAUACGAUCUCAUUUCGUGCCAAAGACAGAUGUAAACAUUUCCUCAUAGAUGCAUCAGAGGAACAGUACCACUUUUUCGGGCCAAAUCAGCUGGAUCAUAACAGUAUUACAGAUCUUGUCAACUAUCAUAAGGAAAAACCAAUAACAGUGGUAGGAGGGGAGAAGUUGGUAUAUCCUUGUGGUCAGAUAUGUGAUCCCCCAGAUUACUGGGAACUGUUUCAGAACAGACGGACAGAAAGCACUUCACUUUAGUCAUCUAUAGUAGUUUAAUAAUCUAAAUACUUUGAAGUCUUAGGGAUCAAUAAAUAGGGAUCAGUUCUUAAUACAAAAUAGGGUAUUACUGUAUUCUGAUAGGCUGACAAAAAAUAUCCUGAUAACCUUUAGAAGAGAGAUAUCUGCAAAUGUCGUAAUGACUGCAAUGAAACACUGAGAUACGUGCAUACAGACAAAUGGAAAUCCAGAAAGUGUUGAAUAGAAUGAGCAUGUAUUAUUAUUACUGAUGAAAUUGAAUGAGAAUGAACAUGGCAUCAUUGUUUGAAUAUGACUAGUGAAAUACUGACUACAACUGUUUAUUCUAAUGACACUUGCAGCAAAGAAAGACUGCAUGUUGGUAGAUCACCCCACAAGGAAAAUGAAUGUUUGUGAUAUAGGUACAAGUGAUUUAUGUUACAGUCCAUACAUUACAGGAAAAUCACUGUAUGGAUAUGAUCAAAUACUGUGAUUAUUAAAGUGUAUCUGGAAUUUACAAGUCACAAAAUACAUUUUGGACUUGUUACCCAAAACCAUAUGGUUUUAUUUUGGUGUGUGUAUUAUUUUAUAUUUGAUUGACUGUAAACUGUAAUUUCAAAUCUAGUUUUGGUAUGUUAAAUUUUCAUCUUUCAGUAUCAGUGGUGAGUGAAUCAUGUCCAAAGUAUUCCAGACUGGUCUUGCCAUAUCAUUUAAUUGCAAUAAAGUAGUUAAAGUUCAUUGAUAUAUAGCACAUACAAACGUCAUCAUUUUGUGGCUUUUACAUGAUAAUUAUUUUAUCUCUAACAAUCAGCGGAAAAUAGUAGUGAGCAGUAUCAAGCUUGCAAAUUGUCAGAUACCCGUAUUUUAAGAUUUUUUGUAGCUGGAAUAUGUAUAAUCUGGAAGGAUAAGGGCAUAUUGUUUUACACAAAUCAAAAUUUAUGUGAUUUACAACUGAUAUUUUCUAUUUUUUUCUUUUUCUAAAGUUUUUGAUGUUUUUAUAGCCUCUUAUAUUGACUCUUAGAUUAUACCCAUUCUUUGUCUUAAAAUGUGUGAAGUAAGUGUUUUAUAUAUUUAACAGCGAACAUAAAUUUUAAUUGUAUCAACAAUUUUUACAAUAUAUUCUUUUCAGUUUUAUAUUACUUCCAUUUUCUCAUGUAUAUGUGUUCAGAUAAAUUGUCAUAAUAUUAACGUAAAUAGGUUGCCACGUUUUCUUUUAGUAAUUGUAACAUUUUUGAACUUUUCUCAGAUAUAAUAAUAGUGUUAUGACAGUUAAUUGAGUAUAUUUUUUCCAUCAUAAUUGUAUUUUUGUGCCCCUCAAAUUGAUAUAUUGAUGUAUUUUUUAUGCCCCCGAAGGGAGGCAUAUAGUUCUUGAACUGUCUUGUCAGUCUGUCGGUCUGUCCGCAAUUUUCGUGUCCGGUCCAUAUCUUUGUCAUCCAUGGAUGGAUUUUCAAAUAACUUGGCAUGAAUGUGUACCACAGUAAGACGACAUGUCACGCGCAAGACCCAGGUCCGUAGCUCAAAGGUCAAGGUCACACUUAGACGUUAAAGGUCAUUUUUCAUGAUAGUGCAUUGAUUGGCAUGUCUGGUCCAUAUCUUUGUCAUCCAUAGAUGGAUUUUCAAAUAACUUGGCAUGAAUGUGUACCACAGUAAGACGACAUGUCGUGUGCAAGACCCAGGUCCGUAGCUCAAAGGUCAAGGUCACACUUAGACAUUAAAGGUCAUUUUUCAUGAUAGUGCAUUGAUGGGCGUGUCCGGUCCAUAUCUUUGUCAUUCAUGCAUGGAUUUUAAAAUUAUUGUACAUGAAUGUGUACCACAGUAAGAUGAUGUGUCGCGUGCAAGACCCAGGUCCGUAGCUCAAAGGUCAAGGUCACACUUAGACGUUAAAGGUCAUAUUUCAUGAUAGUGCAUUGAUGGGCGUGUCCGGUCCAUAUCUUUGUCAUUCAUGCAUGGAUUUUAAAAUAACUACGCAUGAAUGUGUGGCACAGUAAGACGACGUGUCACGCACAAGACCCAGGUCAGUAGGUCAAAGGUCCUAAACUCUAACAUCGGCCAUAACUAUUCAUUCAAAGUGCCAUCGGGGGCAUGUGUCAUCCUAUGGAGACAGCUCUUGUUUUUUCAAAAAUAAUUGGCCAUUAUUUUGAAAUUAUGACCCAUAGAUUGGUUGUUUUAAUAAACAAAUAUACAGUUAAACUGUGCGUAAAGGUCUCCGUGGAGGAGUUAAAACUUUGUCUUUAUUUACAGGAUGUCUUUAUUUAGAGGUUAAAGUAUACAAAUACAAUACAUGUACCAGGAAUGAGAUGAUAAUUUGUUGGGGCACUUUUAGUGCAAACGUUAUAACUGUUAUGAUUUAUAUUUUGUUACCUGCUACUUCAGGCUUAUGAAAGUAGAUAGCAAAAUUAAACGUCUCUUUCUUUAUGUUAAAAUGUACAAUAUAUAAUAUAGAUGUUUACCAGGUUGUUUGCUGUAUGUCCUACCAUGUUUCUGCUUUUGUUGCCAGUAUGUUGCAUUUAUUUGCAAUCUUUUUUAUUUGUAUCUUUAGUAGUUUAGGUGAUAAUGAUGUGCUGCUAUCUAAUGUAUAUGUAAAUUUGUUUGAUUGAAAGGCAUAAGCAUCUCACUGGCUAGGUAUUAUACGACUAGUUUUAUGCCAUGGCUAGAUAAACUUUGCUGUAAUACUGCAGAAAAUUAUCCAUGCAGUUAAUUUGACUAUAUUUUUGCAUCUGAGUAAAGUGAGUAAAAACAUUUCAAAGUUGGGUCCAGAUGUGUUGUUGGGUAGGGUUGGGUGUGUAGCCUGACCAGAUUUAUCCCAAAAAAAAGUUUUGACAUUUCCCCACCCAUCCCCUAUGAAAAAAUCCAUUGUAGUUUAAUUCUAUAUGCUUAGAGGUAGGGGCUAAGCAUAUAAAAUUGACAUCUGCACUCUUGAUACAGUAUUACCCUGCUUCAGUGGCAUUUCAUGUUGGUAGGGAUUUAUGUCAGCAUGGAGUCAGUAGGGUACUGAAAGAGAAGGAGAAAAGUUUUUGAUGCAUUUAAUCAAAUCACUCGUUAUAAUAGAGAUUGUGCCAUAGACCGUAUUCUUUGCCAACUGUAAUGUAUAUAUUGCACAGAACUUUUCUGUGGUGAAAUGAUGUAUUGAUGAAAUACUGUGUUUAUUUAUUGGAAUCGGUAUUUUACAGUGAAUUAAAAAAAAGCAAAAAAGAAAAGAUGCAUCUUCUAAACUCUGUCAGCUGUGACAAUAUCAUUUUAUGCAAAUGGUACACUAUAGCAGACAAAUUAUAAUUGAUUGAUGUUUAUAUAGUAAACUGUUCAUGGAUAUGUGCAAAAAAUCUUUUUCGGUUGAAACAUACAUCCAUUAUUAGUCUUUCCAUCAGUUCACCAGGCCAGGGAUGUAUUUUCAGAAUCAUCGGUAGUUUUAGGUUGACUGUUAGUUUUGAUGUUACUGUGAUAUGUUAUUCUAUGCAGUAUUGGUUAGUAAUAACUUCUAUGUAUGAUAAAUGGGUUGUGAAAUGAACAUUAGUAAUGUGAUAAAUGCAUGUGUAUCAGUCCAUAUGUGUUUCCUAUGGUGAAAUUAUCAUACCCUGCAAAUAUAUUUCAGUUUGCAUAAAGAAUGUUGACCUAAAAGAUGGAGCAUUUCUGAGGUCCAGGCAUUCAUUUAGCCACACUUGUUUACAUUUGUCACAUCUUUAUAUGAAAUCCAUAGAUUUUAGCGGAUUCUCUCCGUGAAAAGUGUGUGUUAUGUCCUGACAUUAGAAUAUGCGGUAUAUCCAGCAACUGCCAUUAGACAGCAAUAGGCUGUUUGUAAUUUAAAGUAUUAAAACAAAACUGUAAAUAUAAACAAUAUAAUUCACACACUGUGAAAUUUUAAUUUGUGUAUGAAAUACAUUUGACAUGUUAUGUUUAAAAUUUGCAUUUUGACCACAAAUUUUGGAAAUGUCAAUAUAUUUUGUAACCGAACGAGUACAACAAAACCAUGUUCAGUUGUUAAUUUUACAGAAUAACAUUAUUUUGCGGACUACCGUAGAUACCCAUGUAUAAUGCACAGUUUUUUUACCCCUGGGACCACCACCGAAUCGUGGGUACGCAUAAUACACAGGUAUAGACAAUUUUCCAACUUCAAAACAAGUUUGUUACCGAUGUUCGCCAUUUUGGUAAAGGGAAACUACUCCCCGCGCUUAAUGUCUCCGCUAAAAUCUAAGAUUGCCGUUACGCUCCGUAAAAGAUCAAAUUGUUUAUUUUUCUAUCAAACAAAAUUAAUUUCAUAUGAAUUUAAAAGUAUUUUGACUAAAGAAAUGUUAAUAAAUCACAAAAAUUAUGAUACUAAUUAAAGAUCGAGAAUUAUCUUUAACCGAGAUCAAACUGUGAACAACAUAACUGACACGAGGUGACACUUUAAUUGCUGGUAAUUACUGGCUAUUUGAUCGUGACAAAAAGACUAUCACACCUUUUGUUAUCAGUUUGAAUUGAGAAGCUCAUGUCAUUUUGAAAGAUACCAUUCCAAAAUAUUGAAUCAGCUGCUAUUUAUUUAUUCAAAAUAGUGAAUUAAAAAAGGUAAACCAACAAAUAUAACAAUAUUUUACUGGUUUGAUUUUCGAGGAAAUAAAAAUUGAUAGUACCACGCGACCGAUGUUGCUCUUCGCCGCGGAGAUAAAAUUUAUUACCGGUGUCGAUGUAAACUCUACUUUGUUUUCCAUUCACUUCAAAAUUGACCAAAAAUGUUUUUUCCCCAGGAUUUUGGGCUAAAAUCGGGGGUGCGCAUUAUACACAGGUGCGCAUUAUACAUGGGUAUCUACGGUAUUUCCAGAAUUUUCAUGUUCCUACAUUUUAAACAAGCAUUAAACAUGGCUUUGGUUAAUUUGUUACAUCUUGUGAAAUAUUUUUAAGUUUAUGACUUGCUAUUUUAUUUGGUUUAAGACUGUUAAUAUCAGAGAUAAGGUUUUAAGUAGUGAGGAAAGUGGUAAGAUUUUAUUUUGUUGUUUAUGAACAACAUGUUUUAUCGCUCAUGGCCUUAUAAUAUAUAAAUAUACAUAUCAGUGUUAACCUAAUAUGCAUGCGUUUUAUAUAGGAUAGUUACAAAAUGUUUUAAUAGACAUUAAGCUCAAUACAGUGAUGUACUCAUCAUGUAAUCAAACUAUUAUACUUUAAAUGUCCUUAACUGGAAAUGUAUUUUUAUGUCUGUUUUUAACGUCUGUAAUUUAGUAUAGGUCGAUGGUCAGGCUUCCUUUGUUCAUAGUCCAGCGUCUGUCAUCCACAAUUUACAUGAACAUCUUCUCUGAAACUACUGGUAAUGAUUACACCAGACUUGAUCUGUAGCGUGCUGGCAAUGUCUUCUCUCAAUUUUGUUCAAAUGAGGGCUAGAGCUAGAAAUAGAAAUUUAAAAAAAACUACUUUUAUGAACCCCUUGAUGGUUCUUCAUCAAACUUGGUCUGUAGCAUCAUUGUAAAGUCCUCUCGCAUUUUUUUUUCAAAUCAGGGUGUUUGGCCUCUUAAAGGGGCCACUAGAGCUAAAAAUAGAACCUUUAGACAACUUCUUCUCAUGAACAGCUUGAUGGAUCUUCAUUAAAGUUGUUCUGUAGCAUUAUCAUAAGGUCCUUUCCCAAAUUUAUACAAAUGGGGGUCACUUUGCCCAUUUUAGGGGCCACAGGAGCUAAAUUAGAAAAAUCUUUAAACUACUUUCUUCUCAUAAACCCCUUAUUGGGUUUUCAUCAGGUUUGGUCUGUAGCAUUGUUAUAAUGUCCUCUCUCAAUUUAUUCAAAUUAGAGGGCUAAUCCUCUUUUAGGCACUACUAGAGCUAAAAAAAGAAAUACCUGUAAACAACUUCUCAUGAACUGUUCGAUGGAUCUUCAUCAAACUUAGUCUGUUGCAUCAUGGUAAGGUCCUCUCCCAAAUGUUUUCAAUAUGGAGGCAUUGAGGCCCUUCUAGGGCCCCUGAAGCUAAGAAUACCUUUAAAUAACUUAUUCUCAUGAAUGCCUUCAUGGAUCUUCAUCAAACUGGGUCUGUAGUUUCAAAUUGGGGUGCCUUACCCCUUUUAGGGGCCACUAGAGCUAAAAAUAGAAAUACCUUUAAAGACUCCUCAUGGAUGGGUGUAUCUUCAUGAAACCUGAUCUGUAUCAUUAUUGUAAGGUCCUCUCCCAAAUUUGUUCAAAGAGUGGCACUUGGCUCCUAGGGCCACCAGUUUAUACUAAUCACAUGAUUCAGUGUGUCAUACAUAUAUUCAAGGUCAAAUGGUAAAGGUCAGGUGAGCGACUUAGGGCUACUAUGGCCUUCUUGUUUAUAUUUUUGUUAUCAUUCAUAUUUUACUAUACGCUUUUAUCCCUUAUAUCUAAUUCUAGUCAUGUAAUUUAGGUGUAGAUUAUUUGUAGUUUGUCCUAAUCGGGCCAAAAAGUACUGUCCUAAGCAGCUACUUGCAUUGUGCAGCUAGUUAUCCUACUUCUCUAAUGAACUUUUAGUCCAAGUUUCAGCUUGUCUUAAGCAGCCACCUGCUUUAAGCAGCCACAUUGUGCUGCUUCCUUGGCUGACUGCUUAAUACAGGUGUUACAAUAUGUUCAACAGUAAGUAGAAUAUAACAUCCAAAGAUGCACCUUUUGUAGGUUUUGUAUGAAUCUUCUUAUGCAUUAUUAUACUACUUCAGAAAUACAGCUUCAGAUUCACUUAUGGUUAAGAGAUAAGCUUCUGUAAUUUAUAAAUACAUGGCUCUUACAUUGACCUAAAGUUGACAAAUAAACAAAUAUUCACCUCUAAAUUAGCUAUUGGGCUAAAGAUGGUAAAUAUUUUAGGUGCCAAGUGAAGCCCUGUUUAUUAAACAGUUCAUAUUGUUAUGUGAAUCCUUAAAAAAACUGGUCCAUGGUUUGCGCUGUUGACCAGUCUAUAGUUCAGCAUAGGUUUGCUAGGUUAAAGACAAAACUUGAGAAAAAAAAAAGAAAAUGUAUUUCUAAUGUCAUGUAACAAAACAGUUUUUGAAUGGCUUGCAUGUCAGUAGUCAAAACUAUAUCUUGAAUUUAAUUUAGUUGGUAAUCCUGUCUUUCUUGGUUUAACUUAGUGAACAUGUAAGUUUUCCUACUGACUAUAUAAUUAAACUUUGAAGAUGCAUGUCUCUAGAUUGUCAAAGUUUAGAAAUGGCUUUUAUUAGCUGGAAAUCAUAGAUAAGAGUUAAACCUAAAAUAAUCUAGUGAGAUCUGAGCUGUAUAAAUUGAUGACAUUAUUUAUAUAGUCUGUAGGUCAUACAGAAAAGCUGUCUGUUUAAUGUUUGUCCUGCAAUAAUCAUAUGAUCUGAAAUAGGAGUUUAACUGUAUUUUAGAACAAACAUAAUGCUGAGCUUUCGGGGUAUAUUACUUAUGUACAAAUGAUGUAACAUCUCUACCAGUCCUUUUAACAAUAGAGUUAACUUUUUAGAAAGUUUGUAUUAGAUAAUAUUAACAAUUUGUCAACUGAAAUAAUAUAAAUUCUGACUGUACUAAAUACACUUGGUUUUCUGUUUUUAUUUCUUUUUCAAACCUUGAUAUUUAUCUGGAGGCAUGCACUUUUAAAACAUGCUUGUAAACCUGAUUUCACUCUUUGAUAUUCAUGUUAUUAUGCAAGUGAAAAUAAUAAUUAUAUUGAUAAAUGUACCUGUUAUACUGUUAAAUGUUAAACAAUGUUUUCUUGUCUGGGAAAUAUUUGUCUAAUAAAAAAUCUAAUAUACUGA